CCCGAGGCGAAAAAGUAGCUGUCAAAUGCGCGGCUCCUUUAACCAGAGCGAUCAGUCCGGCUCGGAGAGUCAUGGCGACCACAGCGUCUAACCACUACAGCCUGCUCACCUCCAGCUCCUCCAUGGUGCAUGCGGAGCCGCCGGGGAGCAUGCAGCCGGGCGCCGGCUACAGGGAUGCACAGACGCUGGUGCAGGCGGACUACACGCUGCAGAGCAACGGGCACCCGCUCAGCCACGCUCACCAAUGGAUCACGGCGUUGUCCCACGGUGGGGGAGGCGGCGGCGGCGGGGACUCGCCCUGGUCCACCAGCCCCCUGGGCCAGCAGGACAUCAAGCCCUCGGUGGUGCAGUCCGGGGGCCGGGGGGACGAGCUGCAGCAGCACCAGCAGCAGCACCAGCAGCAGCAGGGGAGACCUCCCCACCUGGUGCAUCACGCCGGCAGCCACCACGCCGCCGCCGGGGCAUGGAGGACGGGCGCCUCGGCUCACCUGCCGCCCAGCAUGGCCUCCUCGAACGGGGGGCAAGCAGGGCUGCUCUACUCCCAGCCCCCGGGCUUCACGGUCAACGGGAUGCUGAGCUCCGGCCAGCCGGGCUUGCACCACCACGGCCUGAGGGAUGCCCACGAUGAACAGCAGCAGCACCACGGCGGAGAGCACCCCGGGGGGCACCCGCAGCAGCACCCUCCGCACCAGCAGCAGCAGCACCCCGGGGGCGGCGGCGGGGGCCACCACGACCCCCACUCGGACGAGGACACGCCGACCUCGGACGACCUGGAGCAGUUCGCCAAGCAGUUCAAGCAGCGCCGGAUCAAACUGGGAUUUACCCAAGCGGACGUGGGCUUGGCCCUGGGCACCCUGUACGGGAACGUCUUCUCGCAGACCACCAUCUGCAGGUUCGAGGCCCUGCAGCUGAGCUUCAAGAACAUGUGCAAGCUGAAGCCUUUGUUGAACAAGUGGUUGGAGGAGGCGGACUCGUCCUCGGGCAGCCCCACCAGCAUAGACAAGAUCGCAGCCCAGGGGCGCAAGAGGAAAAAGCGCACCUCCAUCGAGGUGAGCGUCAAGGGAGCCCUGGAGAGCCACUUCCUCAAGUGCCCCAAGCCCUCUGCCCAGGAGAUCACCUCGCUGGCGGACAGCCUACAGCUGGAGAAAGAGGUGGUGCGAGUGUGGUUUUGUAACAGGAGACAGAAAGAGAAACGCAUGACUCCCCCGGGAGGGACUCUGCCCGGAGCCGAGGAUGUAUAUGGGGCAAGUAGGGACACUCCACCACACCACGGGGUGCAGACGCCUGUGCAGUGA